AUGGCCGCCUUCGAUACCUACCAGACAACCCUCACAGGCCGCUACUGCAGCCAGGAGCUGUCCCACCUCUUCAGCCAGCGCUCCCGCCACUCCACCUGGCGCAAGCUAUGGCUCUACCUCGCCGAGAGCGAGAAGGAGCUCGGCAUCAACACCAUCACCGACGAGGCGCUCGAGCAGAUGAGGACUCAUCUCACUGUUACUGACGAUGACUUUGAGGUUGCGCGCCAUGAGGAGAAGAUUCGUCGUCAUGAUGUCAUGGCUCACGUUCAUGCUUUUGGUCAAGCUGCCCCUGCUGCGGCUGGCAUCAUCCACUACGGCGCGACGAGCUGCUACGUCACCGACAAUACAGAGCUCAUCCUCAUGCGCGACGCUCUCGAUCUUCUCAUCCCCAAGCUCGCCAAGGUUCUGUACAACCUGCAGAAAUUCGCCCUCGAGUGGAAGAACGAGCCAACUCUGUCCUUCACACAUCUCCAGCCUGCGCAGAUCAGCACCGUCGGCAAGCGAGCUGCGGGUUGGGCGCAGGAUCUCUUGAUGGAUCUUAAUGAGUUUGAACGCGUGCGAGCUGAGCUUAAGUUCCGUGGUGCGCAGGGCACUACUGGUACCCAGGCCAGUUUCCUCGAGAUUUUCGGUGGUGAUCAUGACAAGUGCGAUAAGCUCAAUGAGCUGCUCUGCCAAAAGGCUGGCUUCGAGGAGUGCUACGACAUCUCAACACAGACAUACACCCGAAAGGUCGAUUGUCUCAUUGCCAAUGCCGUCACUGGCCUCGGCACCACCGUCACCAAGAUCGCCUCGGAUCUGCGACAUCUCGCCUUCAUGAAGGAAGUCGGCGAGCCCCGUGAGAAGGGUCAAAUCGGAAGCAGCGCCAUGGCUUACAAGCAGAACCCCAUGCGAUCCGAGCGAAUUGCCAGUCUCGCCCGCGUCCUCCAGUCCAAGGCCGCUACCUACAUGAGCACCCACUCCGCUCAGUGGAUGGAGCGAUCGCUGGACGAUUCCGCCUGCCGGCGAAUUGACAUCCCCGAGAUGUUCCUCCUCGCCGAUGCCGUCGCCAUCACCCUCCAGAACGUCACAGAGGGUCUCGUCGUCUUCCCCCUCAAGAUUCACUCCAACAUCAUGGCCGAGCUUCCCUUCAUGAUCACCGAGAACAUCAUUAUGCGCCUCGUCGCAAUGGGUGUUUCCCGACAAGAGGCUCACGAGCAAAUCCGCGUUCUGUCAUUCGAGGCCUCCCACCAGGUCCAGAGCCUCGGAAAGUCCAACGAUCUUGUUGAGCGAAUCAAGAAGACCGAGUUCUUCAAGCCCAUUUGGGCUGAUCUCGAUGGCAUGAUGAAGCCCGAGCUGUACAUUGGCCGCAGCGCGCAGUUGGUUGACAAGUUCUGUGGACCUGGAGGUAAGCUGGAGAAGAAGCUUGCGCCUUAUCAGGAUUCUAUCCAGAAGGCCAAGGCUGCUGAGCUGAAUGUUUAA